AUGUUAGAAUAUUCAGAGCCCGAUUUAGUUGAGGAUGAAGACGAAGAAUCACUAAGAAUGAUCUUUUUUUUGGCUAUCUUGCAUCGUUGUUUAGCAGUACUUGGAUUCGGUAAUGCAUUUGCUGAACCCUUAGCAGUAAUUAUAUCACUAAUUGCUUCUGGUGAUAACACUAACUACGUUAUAAUAUACAAUUUGAGAAUGACGCAACUAUUGCGGAGCAAUGACCCAAAGGGUCUAAAUAUUUUUGAUUUACCCGAAUUACUUGAAAUUAUUUUCUCAUAUCUAGCAAAAGAUAAAUCGCUUUACCCAACUCUCUUAGUUAAUAGGCUUUGGUACCACUGUUCCGCUCCUAUUCUAUGGCAACGCAUUGAGUUUUUUACAGAAAAAGAUUAUCAGAGAGGUCGGCGUGGUCGUAAGAUGCCUCGAGUUCUUACUCGGCAAUUGAUAAACUUUGAAAGAAUUAUGUGUGGGAAAAUAAAGCCUCACUAUUGUUCAAAGAUGGUAUAUCUCAGAAUAGAAGGUUUAAAAAUCAACGCAUCUUUGAUUAGUGCGAUUCUUCGCUCAUGUCCAGAUAUACACACUCUUAUUCUUGACCGAAGUGUUGGUUUAUCUAACAAACCAAUUAUAGAAAUUGCGAGAUAUUGUCCAAAGCUAUUACAUCUGAGUCUUAAUUCAUGCAUGUGUCUCACUAAUCGAUGUAUCACUGAAAUUGCUCGCUCAUGCCCAAAACUUAGACAUCUUGAGCUUGGUAAUUGUUCGAUUGGUAAUAAAGCUGUCGAGGAAAUAGCCCGAAACUGUAAUAAUUUGAAAUAUCUCGGUUUGAAAGGAUGUAAUGGGAUUAGCGAAGAAGUGAUGAAAAAGCUUAAUUCUAAAAUUAAAAUCGAACAUCCAGAUUAUUCCAAUGAUGAAUUUUCAGAUUCAGAUCUACCUCCACUUGUUCCAGAUCCAUUAAGGGUAUCUCGAACUGUUAUCUUUACCGGUGGACCUAAUAGAAUGGUUUUAACCAAUACAUUAACUGUAACAGAUCUUAUUUCUGCAAUUAGAGUAUCAACAGAAUUGACUGAUUCAGAACGAAUUAAUUUAUUAAAUAGUCUUGCUCGAGCCAUUAAUCAAUGA